UAAGAAUCUAAUAUUAAUAAUUUUACUCAAAAUGGAGCAGAAGCCAAGUCAGAGACAAAUUCAGUCUGAAAAAUCAGAAAUUAUGAGAGGAGAUCUAAGAACAGAGAAUAAUGACUACCUCACUCAAGAGGAGCGAAAUGAGGCUCGUCAAUUCAAGAAAUGUCGCAGAAUUUUUAAUAAGCUUCCAAAUUCUCUCAAAAAAAGCUCUGAGGAGUCCCAUGUUGAAGCAAAUAUGCACAUUGAUCAGAGUGAAGAAUUUAAGAAAGGCUCUUCAGAUCCACCAAGCCUGACAGCUAGCUCUGAAGAAUGCUAUCUUUCAUCUCAGAAGUCUGUAAAGCAAACACAUGAAGGCUCCAAUGCUAAUCCAUGGAUAGCACAGACAAACAAAGAUAAUCAUCCAAGCCAAGAUGAGAAUGAUUCAUCGAGCAUAACUUGUCACAAAGCUGAUGGAAAGUCUGCCAAAGUCAAUCCAUUUGGAGCAGAUGUGGAUGCAGAUUCAGCAAGAUUCAAAGAAAGUAUCUCCAAGAAUAGUUUAGAAGCCCUUGAUCUAGACAAGCUUCAGCAGGAUUCGGUCAAGCUUUUUACGGAAAGAGAUGAAAGUCCUAUCUCUUCAAGUAAAUAUCGAUCCAGUCUAGCUGGCGAGUACUAUUCUAUCAUUUGGGAGAAAUCUAAAAAAACUAUGAAAGAAUUGAACGUGCAGCAGAAGUUUAUAGACUUCCAGAUUAAGAUAUAUUCAGAAGCCGAAGAAAAAGGAUGAGAUAAGAUUUAUGCAAUAUCACCUUACAAGGUGCUAUUUUAUUGAAAGGGUUAUGGCUCAUUUUAUACAAACUGAUUUCUCAAAAUUCCUGAUGCUAGUAAAAUGACAAUUUUAUCAAAGAAAUUGAAGAACCUUGGAGCAUUCUUUGACCAAACUUUUCCGAGAAGAGUGAAAGUUUUAGAAAUAGGUAAUUGCAAUCGUGAUUGCAUCCUUCGUAAUCACAAGCUGAACCAGAUCGUGAGGAUUAGUUCCGCAGUCAAGAAGGAGAUUUGUUUUUGGUCUUUUCAAAUAAAUGAAAAACAUUUAAAAAGAUUCCUUGCAGCAUUCAGACAUGUUGAAACUGUUGGGUUUAAGAAGAGCAAUCUCUUAGUCCCAAGAGUUCCAGAUUUUUCAUUGGCUCUCAAGGGCUCUAAGAUCAGAGUCUUGAAAUUCGACAAAAGUGUGAUCUCAAGCAGACGCAAUGACUUGACCAACCCUGGUGAAGUGAAGAACUUGGUCCAAGGGCUAGCCACUUCCCCUGAUCUCAAGGAAGAUUUGCAAGAGUUUCACAUCAAAGAGUGGAAAUUUGAAGGAGAUUUGCAAGAAAGAUUCGAAGAAGAAUUUGCCAAAAAGUUUGUAAAUUCUUUCGCAGAAGGAUUCAAGACACAAUUCGGAGAGAAUUUUACCAAGAAUUAUGGAGGAACAUUAGUGGAUGCCAUGAAAGGAAAAUUUAGCAAAGAAUUUGUAUCAGAUUAUGUCGCAGAUUUACUCGAAACUAAUGAAUUUGAAGAAGCAGAAGUUGUUGACGAAGAAUAA